AUGUCUACCAGCAGAUUAUUCCAGCCCAUUACCGUUGGACGUCUCUCCCUCUCUCACCGAGUCGUCUUGGCUCCUAUGACGCGACUUCGUGUGAAUCCAGUUACAUUUUCCCCUUUACUACCUUCAGUGAAGGAUUACUAUGUCCAACGGGCCAAGGUGCCAGGCACGCUUCUCAUCACCGAGGGUACAAUUAUCGCGCCCAAAGCCUCUGGGUUUCCGGGAGCACCAGAAAUAUGGACUGAAGAGCAGAUCUCCGCGUGGAAAGAGGUCGUCGAUGGCGUACAUGCCCAGGGAAGCUAUAUCUACCUACAAAUCGCUGCUAUGGGACGUCAGGCAUCGCCGGAUUUCCUCAAGUCUCGCGACCCUACGUUCCCACAUGUAGGACCUUCGGCGCUGCCGCUUGCACCUGGCGCGCCUAUCCCCCGUGAGAUGACUAAAGAGGAGAUCAACGAACAUAUAGAGUUCUUUGGCAUUGCUGCGGCCAAUGCGGUGCACAAGGCUGGGUUCGAUGGUGUUGAGGUUCAUGGGGCCAAUGGGUUUCUUGUGGAUCAGUUCUUACAGAGCACGAGCAAUAUUAGAGAUGAUGAGUAUGGUGGGAAUGUCGAAAAACGGGUGAGGUUCCCAUUAGAAGUUAUUGAACGGAUAGUCAAGGAGGUCGGGGCAGAUAGGGUGGGACUUAGGUUGAGUCCGUGGAAUCGCAGUGCAGGAAUGCGAAUGGAGGACCCUAUACCGACCUUUUCGCAUCUGGUUACGCGGGUAAAGGAGGUGUAUCCUGACCUUGCAUUCAUGCAUGUCAUCGAGGCCCGCAAAGAUAUCAAGGAGUUCGAAACAAAUGACUUUAUUAGAGAAAUUUGGGCACCUAAGCCACUCAUUUCUGCUGGUGGUUAUACGAGAGACUCGGGUACCCAGACCGCCGACGAGAAGGGAGAUCUUAUUGCUUACGGCAGAUGGUAUAUCUCCAAUCCUGACCUUCCGACGAGAUUAGAGAAGAAUAUUCCGCUUGCGAAGUACGAUCGUCCUACGUUUUAUGUUUCUGGAGAUACCAGCGGUGUAGGAUUUACUGACUAUCCAUUUGCUCAAUGAUUUAUAUAUAUCUAUGAUCAAGCUUUAUAGACAAGUUAAAGGUAUUAGAUUAUUCAACAUACAACUAUGAAUUCAUUUCACGUUCUGGAUUGCCGAUUCUGCCACUGUACGAUUUUUAGGUCUUUUCUUUCAGACCUUGAAUAAUUUCAUGAUUUAUUGCAGUCCGCAACUUUUUUGGCCCCGUGAUACUAUCGACAGACUAUUUUCCGACUCUAGUACACGUCUCGGAAUUGUCGCCAACUAUUUGUCUUCAACCUGAGAAGAAAGCACGAAUACCGCACAAAGUCUUGUCUGUAGAAAGAGAUAG